GCAACACAUAUAGCAUCAGUCGUAGCUUGCCAGAGAAGAGAUUAGUCGAGCUCGCGUCUCUUGUGUGCUAUAAAAUGCUUCAGUUCUCGUGCCUGAUAGCUGUGCUCGGCGUGCUCUGGCUAUUGGUGCUGCAGGCGCCGGAUGCAAGUGCCGUAUGCUGUGCCGAGGCAAAGGUCGUAAAGUACAAAGUGCUGAAUGGACAGUGCGCCGCGAUUCGUGGCCAAAGAUCGGAUGACGGCAACUGCGUCAUCAAGAUAUGCGGCGAUGGAAGGCCACUCCGGGGCACGUAUUGCGGCCGUGGAUCGUGCAACUUAGCUGGAUGCGACUGCGACGGAGGCUGCCUCCCCGGAGAUUGGGAGAAGUCUUUGGUGAGCGAUACGGGAAUUUACAGAGUGGAAAUCUUAGAAAUCUACUGGCAGGACUUAUCGAUAUUCCGAAUACCCUCCCAAAGUAUAUGGGACUUGGCCGCAUCAGUAAUUGGUGGGCCUAAAAAAUAGUUUUAAAAUAUAAAAUCAAUCGAAUUACGUAAAUAAAAAUUUGCUUUGCAUAUAAGUAUAUAG